AUGGUUAGGUUUGGCUCAUCUGAUAGAGCAUUCAGAAAUUUUAGAAAGAUUUUUUAUGAAAGAUGGGAAAAAACUUAUGCAGAAUAUAAAGAGGGUCCAGUUGGAGGUGAAUUCUUAAUUAAAAAUACAAAAUUAAGAUAUCUUAAAAGUGAAUUAAUGAUGAAAAAAUUAGCAGUUGGUCGUACUUCUGAUUUUGAUUUCAAUCUAUUUGUUGAUGGAUUUUAUGAUACAAAUAAUGAUAAAGAACCAACUGAAAAAUCAAGAAAAUGUAAUGAAGGUUGUGAACAUAGUGAACAAUUCAAUUCAUGGAAUCAUUUAAAAUUAGUUACACUUAAAGUUGUUGAGAGUAUAUUUGUAUUGGAUAAAACUAUGAGUGUUGCAGAUUGGACUAAACAACUUAAUUCAUGGACUGAUAAUUCAGAUGAUUUGGAGUUGAAACCACUUUAUCCACAUUUAGAUGAAAUGGCAGAGGCGAUGGUAUAUAAGUAUCAAGCUGAUGAAAUGAUUAAAGCAGCAUUGGAUUAUAGAGGUUUGACAGAGAAUUUCAUUUCUGAUCUAUACCUUUCAAGAGGAAAAUGUUGGUUACAGUGGUGUGAAAAGGUGAAGACUAGAAUGCAACAGCAUUUAAAUAUUGCGAAAUCUGAUAUUGAAAGAUUACUUUACAUUCGUCCAUGCAGGGCAGAGGGGUAUGCUGUGAUUGCAAAGUGUUUUACACUAUUGGAAAAAUCAAAGAAGGCAGCCUACUUUUAUAAAUUAGCUUUGGAUCUUGAGCCAAAUAAUAAAAAGUAUAAGGAUAGCGUCAGUGAUGCAUUGAUUAAAGUAAAUGUAAAGCAAAGAAGGGAAUACUUCGAUAAGAAUCCAUCAUUGGAAUAUGAACCAGCUGCACAGACAAGUAAAUUCUUUUAUCAAGAUUUAAAAAAUGCUGAGAAAAUGUUAAUCAAAAGUAAAGGUUUAAAUGAAACGGUGUUUGCUGAUGUAUUCGUUGCACCCAUGGGUGAUUAUUAUCGUAGUCAAGCUACAAACUUAUCAAUUGCAAUGUCAACUGGUUAUAAAAUGAAUACUGGUAUUGGUGAAGCAAAUUUAAAUUUAGGUAGAUUAUUAUUAUUGAAAUCAUCUGAAUCAUCUGCCAUUUCAAAAGCAUUGGAGAAUUUUCAAAAAUCUUUGGAAUAUAAUGAUGGUGAAAAUAAUAUAGUUCAAGCUACAUUUGAAUUGGGUAAAUUGUAUUUACAAAUUGAUGGUCAUGGCAAAGGUAUCAAUGUCACUAAAAAUGGUAAAUUAGGUUUAACAUAUUUAGAGGUUGCUUCAAUCAAAGGCUCAAUACCAUUUGUAUUUGCAAACGCUCAAGAAGCAAAGGUUAAAAAGUCUGCUAGAGAAAUUCAAGUGAUUAAAGAGUUUCGUCAAUUAUUAAAAGACCAUGAAAAUGAUAAACUCAUUAGACAUAAAGAGUAUGGUGGCUACUCAAAGGGGUUUCCAGAGAAUCCAAGAAUCACAAUGAAGGAUUAUAAACUUGUUGCUCAGUCUUCAUUUGAUCAAGGUGGUACAAACCCAUUGGCUGAUCUAAUGCCAGACAUUAGAACUGUCUUUGAAAAAUGUGAUGAUAUCGAAUUACUCUUAUGGGACGUCCAAGGUUUCCCAUGUAGAUUCGCUGUCGAAGGUGGUCAAUGUAUCGAUCCUUCAAGCUUGAAAGUUGGUGGUAAAUACUCGUUUAUUGCCUUUUCAACAUGUCGUUCUAAAUUUGAUAAUCAAAAAAUUCACGAUUGUGAUUGGAUCAUUCAAGGCCCCACAACUCCAUCGCUAUGCGCAAAUUGUGGUAAAAUUUGCACUUCAAAAUGUACAACAAACUAUUGUGAUCGUGAUUGUCAAACUGUUGAUUGGCAAAGUGAUCAUAAAUUAAUUUGUGGUUUAAAAUCUUUUAAAGACAGAUGA